GCAUUUUUAAAUUCAUUUCUAUCUCCCUUCUCCAACGAAGGUGUGUCUGGCCUUUAACUCGUAAGAAAAUUUGGGGCUGAUUCACGGCAAAAUCAAAAUGUCUUCGAAAUCCAGAUCGAAAAAGGGUGCAUCUAAGAAAAAGGUGCAACGAGCGGCAUCCAAUGUUUUCGCGAUGUUCGACCAAACGCAGAUUCACGAGUUCAAAGAGGCAUUCAACGUCAUUGAUCAGGACAGAGAUGGAAUUAUCAGCGCCAAAGACCUGACGGAGAUGUUUAAUUCCCUAGGAAGGCCUCAGAAGGACGAUUACAUCGAAGACAUGCUGGGCGAGGCUACUGGGACUGUCAACUUUACGAUGUUCAUGACGCUGUUCUCAGAGAACAUGCAUGGUACCGAUCCCGAAGACAUGAUCAAGAGUGCGUUUACUACGUUUGAUCCAGAUGGCACUGGAAUCAUCAAUGAGGACAGGCUGCGACCACUGCUAAUGAAACUCGGAGACAGGUUUACAGAGGAUGAAUGCGAUGAAAUGUUUACUCAUGCAAAUGUUGACGACGACGGGAAUUUUAAUUACAAUGAAUUCACAAAGAUCAUAAAACAUGGUGAAAAAGACGAUUAGGAGUGCAGGGAUUGUAUGAUCGUGAAAAAUUCAAGAUAUCAUUGAUCUUAUUUCUGUGUUAGUUCUGGGGUAGCUCCCACGAUAUUUCAGGUUUUUUUUUUUUUAUUCUUUAAGAAUGUCAGAAAUCAUUUAAUGUUUAGCCAAAACUGAUUAAAGCUCUAAAAUGUGUUUUAAUAAGACCAGGAGCCCUCCUGAUGAGACUGAGUUUUAAAGCCCAGGGAACUGCAAAAGUAUUUGUUACGGAAAGUAGCUUGUCUGCGGUGCUUUGGCUAAAAAUUGUGAAAAAAGUGAAUACGCCAGCUGAUCUUUUGAGUCUAUGGAUUAGAUAACUGGAAAUAGAUGUCUGCAUGAGAGUCAUUUUCACAUCAGUCUCAAAAUUUUAUGCGGAAUUUUAGAAUAUAGCGUCUCUAGGAAAUAAUCAGAGAAAAAGAGUAUUGGUGCGACGGAACUGCCGGUAAUAAUUCGUAUAGGUCCUGUUUGUGAACAUGCGGUUUGGAUCGUAAACAUUUAGCAGUACAUGAUGCCUCCAAAUGUCACGAAAAAAGGGUUUGCUUGUUAGUCAUGAGAAUUUUUAUUAUUAGGUCACAGACCGUAGAGGGUGUUGGCAAUAACUCAACCGGAACUAAAUGGCACGAGAGAUUACAGAAAC